CAUUGUGUCUAGUUUGCGUCAGUGGCUAGUGCAGAAGCGUUCGUCUUACUGUUGGUGCGGGAGGUGCUUGUGUUGGGCUCUUUUGGCAUUUUUUUGGCCAGCAAUGUUUCUCCCUCAGAUAGAGGACAACAUGCAUUUUAAACCGAGUCGAGACAGAUUCUAUACUACCAGAUGUUGUGGAUGUUGCCAUGUUCGAACUGGAACCAUCAUUCUCGGAACAUGGUACAUGGUGGUAAACCUGUUAAUGGGAAUCCUCCUGACAGUGGCUGUAACGCACCCCGAUAACGUGCCCACCGUGGAUCUGCAGUAUGAGGUCAUCGAGCACUACUUCGCCUCCGACCGCAUGGCAGAAAACGCCUGUGUCGGAUUUGCCAUCUCCUUGCUGAUGUUCACCAUCAGCGCCAUGAUGGUGUAUGGUGCCAUUACGCAUCGAGACGGCUGGCUCAUCCCCUUCUUCUGCUACCAGCUCUUUGACUUCGCCCUCAGCUGCCUGGUGGCCAUCAGCUCCCUCACCUACCUGCCCCGCAUCAAGGACUACCUGGACCAGCUGCCGGAUUUCCCCUACAAGGACAACCUCCUCUCCCUGGACUCCAGCUGCCUGCUCCUCAUCGUCCUCAUCUUCUUCGCCUUCCUCAUCUUCCUCAAGGCCUACCUGAUCAGCUGUGUGUGGAACUGUUACAAGUACAUCAACAACAGGAACCUGCCUGAGAUUGCUGUGUACCCAGCCUUCGACACCCCGCCUCAGUACGUCCUGCCCACCUAUGAGAUGGCGGUGAAGAUGCCCGAGAAGGAGCCGCCUCCCCCUUACAUGCCGGCGUAGAAGCCACGCCUCCACGGCCUGUACAUAGCCACACACCCCCCCCCGACCCGCUUGCUGUUUUAACUCUGCCCCUACCUUUCUACCUUUCUAGGGACUGGGCUUUCCUGGGCCCUCCAGUAACCUAUCACACCUCACAUCCUGCCGGACUGAGAGAGAGGAGAGAGGGAGAGGAGAGAGGGAGAGGAGAGAGGGAGGGAGAGAGAGGAGAAGGAGGGAUGUUGUAUCAGGUGUCUGCAGACAGAGCAGCAAAAAAAAAAAAGAAAAGUUUUCAGACUUUUUUUUUUCCGCCAGUCCCUUUACUUCCUAACUUCUUCCUUUCUUUCACCUCCAUGUUUGAUGUCUUAGUAAAAAAGAAAAAGAAAAAAAAAAGCAUAAUGUAACAUCAACACUGCUCGAAUGCUGAUUAUCGAUCUAUUUUUAGAGAACCAUCCAUCUCGUCAAAAUGAAUAUUUAUAGGUAUUUAAAAAGGAAUCUCAUAGACAAUCUCUUUUUUGAUGCUUCAAAUACGACGGCCAUUUUCUCUUUUUCCCACCUUGCAUUUCAUUUUGGCUUUUUUCUGAUUUUAAACGAGGCUGCUUUUAAUUUUCAUUGACGUGUGGUGCCCCUCUGAAUGGAUUUCCCCCUUCGUUUGCACUCGUUUCCUCAUGUGUGUUGAGCCUCUGUGUCUGUCCGUCCGUCCGUCCGUCCGUAUGUGCCCGUGCCAUGCUAACCCCUGCGGCCCAACAUCGCAGCUCCUCCACACACACAGGGGGCGCUGUGGGGCACGCCAGGACUGUAAAGAAUCUGUGGAUGCAUGCUUUCUUUCUUUUGUCUUGUUCUGUUCCUUGUGGAAAACAAAAUGGCUUCAAUAAAUGUUUAGAAAAAUUUGUAAUCAAA